AUGUCUAGCAAUAAUAGCAAAAGAAGGGCGGGUAGAGGUAGGCAAAGGAUUCGCCUAUCUAGAAUUGAAAGUGAUACUAAUCGUAAUGUCACCUUCUCGAAACGCCCCAAUGGCCUUAUCAAGAAGGCCAAUGAGAUAUCCACACUAUGUGGCGUGGAGAUUUUGUGGAUGAUUUUUGCACCUUCUGGCAAGCCUUAUACUUUCAGCAACCCCAGUAUGGAUGCGAUCUUAACCAAAUAUUUUGGUGCUAAUCCUACAGCACAACCCAACUCUGCCAAACAAAACUUCCACCCUCACCGUGAAGCCGUGAAGCAAAUCUUGUCUUCCCAAAUUACUUAG